AUGUCUGUUCUUAUCUGGAACAUUAGAGGUGCGGGGAACCCGAAAUCCCUUCUAUAUCUUUUAAAGAUAAUUACACAACGUAAACCACAAAUAGUUGCUAUUUUGGAGCCUAAACAACAAGUUAAUAAAAUUACAAAAAUUGCACAACAGAUUGGUUACAAGAAUUAUACUCAUGGAAACCCUCUCAAUCCUUAUAUAUGGGUGUUUUGGAGAGACGAGGUGAAUUGGCAGACGUUGGAGAUUCAUCCUCAAUGCCUUACUGCGGAAGUGGUGAUUCCAAAUAUUUUUUCUGGGAAGAUGACCUUCGUAUACGCUAAAUGCAAUCGGCAGGAACGAUUACCUUUGUGGGAUUACCUAUCUCAUCACAGUAGCACUUGUCAUGAGCCUUGGGUGAUUGGUGGAGACUUUAACGUUAUCAAAACUCUAGAUGAAAAGCAGGGAGGAUCGAACGCACAUAUGCCGGGGAUGCAAGAUUUUAAUGACUUUUUAGUUGAUGCUCGCUUAACAGAUGCAGGUUUCGUGGGUAAUAUCUUCACUUGGAGUAAUAAUCAACGGGGUCAAAAUCGCAUUUGGCAAAGAUUAGAUCGAAUUUUGUUGAACGCAGAGGCUUUCACUGCCAUUUCGGCCAGAGUGGAUCAUCUCCCGAGGCUGGAAUCUGACCACUGCCCAUUACUUCUCAAUUUUGGCCAGCUGCAAACUAAGCCAUCUCGUUUCUACUUUCAAAAAAUGUGGACGGAGCACCACAAUUACCAAGAUUUUGUUGCCUCUUUUUGGCAACAGAUUAUUCCUGGCGGUCGUGCUAAUUUUGAGAGUAAGUUGGCCAACCUUCGCAAGGCUCUUAGAAAGUGGAAUUGGGAGGUUUUUGGGAAACUCGAGGAUAAUAUUUCUUCCAUGCAAAGUAAUAUAGCGGAUAUGGAAGCCCGUCUUUCCCAUGCAUGGGAAGAUGAUUUGUUCACAGAAUGCCAAAAAACAAAAACGGACCUCGUUCAACAGUUAGAAUGGGAGAAUGCACUUUUGGCUACCAAAGCUCGAGUUAAAUGGCUGGAGGAAGGAGAUCGAAACACCAAAUAUUUCCACACUCGGAUCAAAGAGAGAAAGAAAAGGAAUCAGAUUACCCUCAAGCUCGACGACGGUUCCUUCACGUCAGACUGUCAACUUAUAGGGGCGAAAGCAUUGGCCUAUUUUGAUGAUCUUUUUCACGCUACUCCUUACCAUCUUGAUCAAGAUCUGUUCUCACAUGUAGAAGCUAAGGUUACUACAACAAUGAAUACUAAACUUUGUGAAAUCCCAGACGAAGAUGAAGUUUACAAGGCUAUUAAAGAUUUGUCACCGGAUAGUGCUCCCGGGCAAGAUGGUUUCACAGUCCUACCUCAGAUAAUUUCGGAAGAACAAUCAGGGUUCUUGAAAGACAGGAGCAUCCAUGAAUCGAUUGCUAUAGCGCAAGAAUUGGUUUCGGAUAUCGACCGAAAAGUUGAAGGUGGAAACAUUAUAUUUAAAUUUGACAUGUCUAAGGCCUACGAUAGAUUGGAAUGGAGGUUUUUGCUUAAAGCCUUGCACGCCCUGGGAUUUUCACACCCAGUGUGCGAUCUACUAUAUAGAUCAUUUUCCAAUAUUUGGUAUUCUAUAUUAAUUAAUGGGGAAUCGUACGGUCAUUUCAAAUCUUCCAGAGGAGUUCGUCAAGGUGAUCCCCUUUCUCCACUUUUAUUUAUCAUCGCCCAAGAAAUUCUCACUCUCAAUAUUAAACGAUUGGAGGAUCAAGAACGCAGUAAAAAGUAUAAAGUCCGUCGAGGCUCGCUUCACAUCUCCCAUCUUUUUUAUGCGGACGAUAUGCUUUUAUUCACCAAUGGCAGCAAAAAAUCGGUCACGAGAUUAAGGCACAUGCUAAAAAAAUACGAGGAUUCGUCUGGUCAGCUGAUUAAUUUGGAUAAGAGUGGAUUUUACACAUCUAAGAGGAUCCGAGAUACUAAAAUUCAUCUCCUUAAAGAAUGGACUGGCUGCACCCAUAAUUCGUUGCCGUUGAAAUAUCUCGGGGUUCCAAUAUACAAAGGCCGUUGUCUCGUGAAACAUUUUGAUUAUUUGAUCCAACAGGUUCAACAUCGGCUGGCAGGAUGGCAAUCGAAGUUACUAUCGUUUGGUGGUAGAAUUACAUUGGUACGUUCGGUUCUUUUUAGCCUGCCCACCCACACUCUUUCAUCAGCCGUGGUUCCCAAGCAAACCAUAGUCAGAAUGGAGAGGCUUUUUCGUAAAUUUUUAUGGGGUAAAUAUGAAGGAUCUGGGAUUAAUUGGAUCAAUUGGACGACUAUCUGUCAGCCGAAAGAUGAAGGUGGCCUUGGUUUUCGCUCAUUGCUAGACACUAAGAAGAUUAUGGCGGGUAAGUUGGCAUGGCGGGUCCUCGAAGGUAAAACGCUUUGGGCUCGGUUCGCCAGAGCAAAAUACGGGUAUGACUUUCAAAGCCAAAUUCCAGCUCAUGCUUCUUUACUGUGGCGAGAAUUAUUCCCUCAUCUACAACUCUUGGAGAAUUAUAGUAGAUGGAUCGUGGGAAAAGGGGAUAUCGAUUUUUGGAGAGAUCGUUGGAUCGACAAUGAAGGUCUUGAUGAAACUCAAUCUAUCUCUUUCAGGGAGGCUAAGGAACAGCCGCAACAAUUUACUCCUCAACUGCAGCCGGAACAACAAACGAUCUUCGAUCUUAUUGAACUGGAUGAGAGGGUUGAGGAUAGAUUAAUCUUCACAAAAUCGAUUGCUGGGAAUUUUAAUGUGGCUGACUAUUGGGAGUUGAUCCGUUCCAAAGCUUCUCCGAAUCCUUUGGCGAAAAAAAUUUGGCAUCCUAAAAUUCCAUAUAACAUAGGUGCAUUUUUCUGGAAACUGUCAUAUGGAGCGAUCCCGGUGGACUUGGCUCUUCGAAGGCGGGGCUGCAUGACUCCAUCCAAAUGUCGGUGUUGUGCUGCUCCUAAGCAAGAAAGUCUUUCUCAUUUAUUCAUUCAGUCGGAUAUUGCUCGUGGUGUUUGGAGUAAUUACGCACGGAUUUGGCAGAAACCUUAUGUUUAUGGAUCUAUGAAGCAUCUAGUUCAAGUUUGGAUGGUUGAUGCUAGUAUUAAUACUCAAGACGGUUUUAUGGAGCUUGGUACUCUCAUGUUCGGUUGUUGGGAGAUUUGGAAAAGUCGGUGCAGGGCAAUCUUCGAGGAUACUCCGAUGAAUACGACCACUAUUACUCGAAGUAUAUUCUCACAUCUUCGAGCUUUGAACGACGCUUUCUUGGGAAAACGCCCAAUGAAACUGAUGGGUCGCCUCAUAAUCCAACAAUUAAAUUUGGAGGUUAAGCCACCUCCAUUGACUAGGGGCAGCUGGAUAAAGUGGAACCCUCCGAAUCCACUUCAAGUCAAGGUCAACGUGGACGGCUCAAGAAAAGGGGAUGAAUGUUCCGGUGGUGGGUUAAUUCGGACUCAUGAUGGAUCUUUUAUUCGAGGUUUUUCUAAUUUUUACGGUCAAGGUAAUCACAUUCUUGCAGAAGCGCAGACAAUUCUCGAUGGGUUGCGAAUUUGUCAUGAGAUGGGUUUUACACAGGUUAAAGUGGAGUCAGAUUCCAAAUUAGUUAUCGAUAUGAUUUAUCAUAAAGCCAUAGUUGCAUGGGAGUUAAUUUACGUCAUCAGAUGCAUUAGAAGACUUCUCAAGGACGAUUGGCACGUGAUGCAUAUUUAUCGAGAGGGUAAUCGGGUGGCAGAUGGGUUAGCUAAGUUGGCUCAUGAGCACAAAGAGAGGAAGCUAUUUAAAGUUGUAAACGAACUUCCUCGCUAUAUUAGACCUUUAUUACUUCACGAUAGGAUUGGAAUUCCUCAGUUUCGUAGAUUUUCAAGAAGCAAAUGA